GUAGUGCAGCUCGGGGUUCGCAGCGCUGUCUCUAACUACACGAGGAAACAAACCGCAUGUCCUUUCCCUGCUUUACGGCAAACAUGGCAAACUCGAAGGCGUCCGACGAGGAUCCGAAACGGGCCGCUGCGUCCGCCGGAGUGUCCGCCGAGCUCUGUCCACCGGCGGGUGGAGGUGCCGUCGCUUCCCCGUGUUUGUUGCCGACUUUCGCGCAGGCGUGCGCGCUCGAGCAGGCGCCCUACUCGUGUCUGGUGAUGCUCUCGAGCCGCAGACACGUCGCCCUGCCGCCCAUGUACCUGAAGAAGAAGCGGACAGGCAUCCAGGAGGAGCUGAACGCGGAACUCCUGAGAUACUCUAACAGUUUGAAAGGUGUUCCCCUGGCAUAUGACCACAUCAAAGUUUUAGAACCACAUGGCAACAUACUGGAUGACCAAGGCUUCAUUCACUUGGACAUUGAGGCCUCGUUUGUGGUCUUCAAACCAAGGAAAGGAGAAAAGCUUGUGGGUGUGAUAAAUAAAAUAGCAGUGGGCCAUGUGGGUUGCCUGGUGCACGGCUGCUUUAAUGCCUGUGUGCUUAAGCCAGCUCAGCUGAACCUUGAGCAGUGGAGGGACUCCGGCCUGAAGCUGGGAGGCAGCCUGGAGUUUGAAGUGUUCCAGCUGGAUGCUGAUUCGGCUGGCGUCCUUUUGAUUAAAGGAAGACUAGAGAAGCACAGGGUACAGCAGCUUGUUGAUUCCUUCGGCAGUGCAGCAACUGAGGAACAAGGUGAAAACAUGACAGUGGACUCAGCCACUGCUGAAGAAGCCACUGACAGUGUGAGUCCUUCAAAGCCCAAGAAGAAAAAGAAAAAAAAGCACACGGACGUGGGGGUUGUAGAGGACAUUAAGGGCAACCAGGCAGCUGAGGCAGAGAGCCAUGAUGUUAACAGUAGCGGAAUGGAGGUGGACCCUGAUGCCAGCAUCCAUACAGAGGAGAAAAAGAAGAAGAAAAAGAAAAAGGAUAAAAGGCAGGAGGUGAAUGAGGAGCUGCCUUCUCCCACCGAGCCCCCACACAGUGACUCCAGCGGAUACAUCAGUGACAAAAGCAGUCGGAAGAGGAAAGCACAUGACAGUGAAGGUCUCUGUGAUUACUCUGAAAUACCUGUAGUCAAAAAGAAGAGCAAAUGAUUUUCAUACUGUGACUUUUCUCACAUUAUACAUGAUGAAAGUGCCUCAUUGUGCCAAGAUGCCUUGAAAUAUAUUGCCAUUGGUAAGAUAAUUAAAUAAAGGACAACUGGCUUGGCAACGUGUAGUUUCACCUUGCCACCAGUAGAGGACAGCA